AUUCAUGCAUCCUAUCAACCACUCUCUCACUCUCUUUGCCUGCAUGUAUGUAUAUAUGUGGCAUUUUCCAUCAUUAUACAUGCCUGUCAUUACUACCACCGUCAUUUUCUUGAGGUAAAUCUUCAAUCCAAAGACACAACAACCCGUGAGCUUCCUCUCUACUCAUCAUCAUUUUCCAAUUUUGAUUCUAAACCUGUAAAGAGGAAUAAGAAACAACUAAUGAUGGAUGUAGGGAGGAGGAGAGGCGGCAAUGGUGGUGGUGGGGUGGCGGCAGGCUCUGUUUGGGAUCACAGGACAAAACUUCAUCAUGAUGCCCCCAAAGAUGAUAAUUCUCAAGAAGUGAGCACCAAGAGGAAAAUCUGGAAAUCUGAGAGCAGCCCACUUCAGAUUUCUAGAAAAAGAUCCCAACUUUACAAAGAUUUGAGUGCCAAAAGCCCAAUCCAGAUCAACAAGACAAGAUCCAUGGUGGUGCAGAAAAGCCAAAACAAAGGGUCUAAUGUGGAUCACAUUAUCAGCCCUGUUCAUCUGAGGAAAAUGAGAUCAGAAUCUGCUGCAGUAUCAAGCAAACAGGUAGUUCCUGAGCUGGAAUGUGAGGAUGAAGGAAAUGAAAAAAAGGAUUCAUCAAAUCUACUUCAGUUGGUCUUAGCUCAGGUCAAAGAUGCAAAUUUUGAGGAAGGGAAUGCUUUGGAAGGAGAUGAAAAUGAGAUUAUAAAGCCAAAUGGGAUUCGAGAAACAAGAUCUGAGGAAAUUGAUGCUUGUGAAGAAAAAGUCAUCACAACCAAUGAGGACUUGGCUCUAGUCAAAUUACCGCUUAAAGUGGAAACUGAUAAUGUGGAAGAGGAAACUGAGGACAAGAUUGAGAUUAACAGUAUUCUUGUUAUGAAAGAAAUGAAUGUUUCAGAAGAACAAAGGCCUAAACAGAAUGUGACAGAAAAGGAGUAUAAUCCACCCCUUUAUGAAAAUGGAUGUGCCAGAUUUGCCUCAAUUCCAUCAACAGCCAAACGAGAGAAUUCACAUUCAACUUCUAGUCCCCAAUGCAGAUUACAGAGUCUGGUUGAUUUGGUGAUGUGGAGGGAUGCAUCAAGAACAGCAUUAAUGUUUGGAGUUGGGACAUUUAUUAUCAUCUCUUCAUCAUACUCUCAUGAACUUAAAGUCAGCUUCAUCUCUGUGGUUUCCUAUAUCAGCCUCCUCUAUCUUGCUGUUGUUUUCCUCUUCAGAUCCCUUGCUCAGAGCCAAGGGAUUGCGGCGGGGGAGAAAAGAGAUUACGUAGUUGGAGAGGAGGAAGCAAUAUGGGCCCUGAAACGGAUACUUCCUUACGUAAAUGAGUUUCUUUUGAAAAUCAGAGCACUCUUUUCAGGAGACCCUGCAACAACAUUCAAGAUGGCAGUGCUGCUCUUUGUUUUAGCAAAAUGUGGCAGCUCCAUAACCAUCUGGAAGAUGGCCAAAUUAGGGUUUUUUGGAGUUUUCAUCCUACCAAGAAUCGGCUUUUCCUACUCCGCGCAGUUAAAUGCACAUGGUAAAUUUUGGAUUGGAAGAUGUAGUGACGCAUGGGAAUCAUGCACUCAUAAAAAGGCGGUAGCGUUUGGAAUCUUCACACUUGUGUGGAAUCUAUCUUCACUCGCGGCAAGAAUUUGGGCAGCAUUCAUGGUGUACGUGGUAUUUAGAUACUACCAAGAAUCCAAGGCUAAAGAAGAAGAAUCGCAUGGUUGGGGCAAAAUUGUAAAACCACAUGGAACAUCAAAGACAACUAAGAUUGGGCUGAAACAUGUUGGAAGAGAGUCCACUUCUAUAGCAUGACAAAUUAAACCAAAAUAAAUAUUACUCCAUAGUGAAUAAAUAUAGUCUGGUUUAAUUUGUGAGCCUCACUGUAUAUAGGUAUAAGAAAAAUAACCAUUAUGCAUUUGUUUAAUCUUGUUUUCAACUAGUAUCCUAGGCUCCUAACCUAUGCAAAAGUUGCUUUAAAUAUGAGUAAAAUGUGCACGUUUUCUUUAACAUACUCUGUACAUAAAGUGUUGUUAUUUUGAAACUCUAAAUGACAGUCACUACUUAAUACUCACUAGAAUGUUUUCAGAGUGAUAAUUAAUUUACUUCUACUCCGUA